AUGAAAUAUUUUAUCGUUUUUCUUUGUAUUCUCUCUAUCACAUUCUGUCAGAGAUAAUUUUUAGGAUAAACUUUAAGAUAACGCUAGAAGAGUAAAACGUUUGUUCAGCAGCCCAAUUUUAUUUAACAUUAGUAAUAAACCAGACUAUUAUAAUAAGAUCAAGAUGAUUUAGUCGAUCAUUAGGAAAUUUAAUAACAUGACUAGAUUUAAAAUAAUGAAGUUUAAGAACGAAAGAAAGUUAGAAAAAUAGUAAAAAAGAGAAGAAUUAUUUUAAAACCUAUCGAAGUGAAUACUACAGAUUAGCUUAAGAACUAAAAGAAGAGAAAGGUUCACAAAACAAUUAAAAAGUGUAAAAAAAUUAUCAAGGAUUGA